UAUCCGCCUGCAAAUUUUCUCGGCAUCCAAACAAUGACCGAGAAAAUUGAACUUUCCCUCUGAACUCUCCGGGAAAACAAACAAUGUCUGUUGUCUCAUCGAAAUUCACGGAGAUGCCGCUGAGAAGCUCUCUCCCUCUGGUCUCGAGCUCACGCUACUACUCGUCUCCUUCGCUCCACGCCUUGCUCUUCUACUCCUCCGCCGCGAAACCGCCAUGCCUCAUUUUCCGGCCAUUUUGUUCUCUCCGUACAAGCGAGCGCGGAAACAGGAGCCACAACAAACACCGUGGGGAUCACCGGAGCCCUAGGCCCUCCGCUCCGUGGCUCAACAAGUGGUCGCCGUCCUCCCCCGCCGAUCACGCUGGAAAGAGAGUGGCCGAGCGCGGAGGCAGAGACAAAGUCCGGCCGGCGGAUGCGGAGAAGGAAGCGGAAGUGGAUUCGAAGCUCCGGUACUUGGAGCGAGAUAGAGGACAGAGUGCGAUUGAGAGGAUUGUUCUCCGGCUGCGGAACCUGGGGUUAGGAUCUGACGACGACGAGGACGACGAAGAGGACGGCGGAGUUAUCACCGGAGAUGAGACGCCGGUGACCGGAGAGGAGAGAUUGGGGGAUUUGCUAAGGAGGGAGUGGGUGAGGCCUGAUUUUAUGUUGGCUGAGAGUGACGAGAGUGACGAUGAUGAUAUGCUAUUGCCAUGGGAGAAGGAGGAAGAAGAGACAGUUCAGAUGAGCGAAGGAGGUGGAGGAGUAAUGGUGAAGAAGAGGAGAGCGAAAGCUCCAUCACUAGCGGAGCUUACCAUUGAAGAUUCUGAGCUGCGAAGGCUGAGGAGGAACGGAAUGUAUCUGAGGGAAAGGAUCAAUGUGCCUAAAGCAGGGCUUACACAGGCGGUGAUGGAGAAGAUCUAUGACAAGUGGAGGAAGGAUGAGCUAGUUAGGCUCAAGUUUCAUGAAGUCCUCGCUCGAGACAUGAAGACAGCCCAUGAGAUCGUCGAGCGUCGAACUGGCGGAUUGGUCAUAUGGAGGGCAGGAAGUGUAAUAGUAGUUUACCGUGGAAGUAAUUCUCGAGAACCAUCGAUGAUGACCGAACCCGUGGCCCAACCAGGACAAACGCUUUUCGUCCCAGAUGUAUCUUCUGCUGGCAAUGAAGCAGCAAAGGCUGACGAUAACCGAACUCCGGUUUUGGAAGUUAAAGAUCCGAUUGUGAAGAACCCGGUCCCUGUGAAGAACAUGACAGAAGAAGAAGUUGAAUUUAACAGUCUAUUGGACAGCUUAGGCCCCCGUUUUCAUGAGUGGUGGGGUACUGGGGUGGUACCUGUAGAUGCUGAUUUGCUUCCUCCUAAAAUUCCCGGGUAUAAAACACCUUUCAGGCUUCUUCCUACUGGGAUGAGAUCAAAUUUGACAAAUGCUGAGAUGACUAAUCUCAGGAAAGUUGCUAAAGCUCUUCCUUGCCAUUUUGCUCUCGGUCGAAACAGGAAUCACCAAGGAUUAGCAGUUGCGAUACUCAAGCUUUGGGAGAAAAGUUUAGUAGUAAAGAUCGCUGUGAAGCGAGGUAUACAGAAUACAAAUAACAAACUGAUGGCUGAUGAGCUCAAGACAUUAACAGGAGGCGUGUUACUGCUCAGAAACAAGUAUUACAUUGUCAUGUACCGUGGGAAGGACUUCCUUCCUUCAGGCGUAGCAGCUACUUUGGCAGAAAGAGAAGGAUUAACCAAACAGAUUCAAGAUGUCGAAGAGAGAGUGAGAAAUCGAGAAAUAGAUUCUGAUGCUCAACCAGUUGCAGAAGAAAUGCCGGCUCAAGCUGGUACUCUGGCUGAGUUUUAUGAAGCUCAAGCCCGAUGGGGAAGAGAGAUUUCUCCAGAUGAGCGUGAAAAGAUGAUCGAAGAAGCUUCCAGGGCUGCCCGUGCCAGAGUUGUCAAACGAAUUCAACACAAACUAGACAUUGCACAAACCAAAUUGCAUAGAGCAGAGAACCUACUGUCUAAAGUAGAAUCUUCUAUGAUUCCGAGCGGACCUGAUUAUGAUCAAGAGGUCAUCUCUGAGGAGGAAAGGGUUAUGUUCCGAAAAGUCGGCUUAAAAAUGAAAGCAUACUUACCGUUAGGUAUCCGAGGUGUUUUCGAUGGGGUGAUAGAGAAUAUGCAUCUGCAUUGGAAGCACAGAGAGUUGGUGAAGCUAAUAACGAAGCAGAAGAACCUUGCAUUUGUUGAGGAUACAGCUCGGUUACUUGAAUACGAGAGUGGUGGAGUUCUUGUGGCCAUUGAAAAGGUUCCAAAGGGAUUUGCUCUUAUUUAUUACCGAGGCAAGAAUUACCGGAGACCCAUUAGCUUGAGGCCGAGAAACCUUCUGACCAAAGCAAAAGCGUUAAAGCGUUCCAUUGCAAUGCAACGCCAUGAGGCGCUUAGUCAGCAUAUUGCGGAACUGGAGAAAACUACAGAACAGAUGCAAAAGGAACUGAAUGAGAAGAACCCAACUUACAAUGAAUCAGAAUGGGAGAAUGAUGACAACGGCGACGACGGCGAUGAUGAUGGUGUUGAGAGUGAAAGUAAUGAAACGGACGAAGAUUCUGCAUUAUAAGCCAUCAAUUUAAGAAGCUGUAACAUGUUGAGGGGUUUUUUUUUGGGUCAAUUUCACGGGAGCAGAUUAACGGAUGCACUCAGGAACAUGUUGGACAAAAGUGAGAGAGGAGUAAAUGCAGCAGAUUCAGAACCUGAAUCAGAGACAUAUUCUCUCAUUCAUCAACUCAUGGAAGACAAAAGGCAGAUCUGCUCAAAUCAUGGAUCAAGAGUGUACAUACACAUUCAGGAGGAAGAAGAAGAAGAAAAACGGGUCAGGAUUUUUUUUUCCAGCAAAUCUUUGUUCAUCCUGAAUUUGGUUGUUCAUAACUUUGUGAGAUGAACGAAAUUGGAAUUUUGGAUCUGCUUCUUUUGCAUUUUUUCCCGUCUGAAUU